CUCCUAGAGUCUCACCGUGGCCGUGACCGCCCUUCAUCCGUCCACUUCCCGCUAGGCUCCACUCCCCAAGCAAGCACACAGCAAUGGCCCUGCUCAAGUCCAACAAGGUGUUCUCCUGUCUGGGAAACAUCACCCCUUCUCUCGGGGUUCUGUCCGCCCGUAGCAGCUCAUGGUGGGGCGGAGUGCAGAUGGGUCCCCCCGAUCCCAUCCUGGGGGUGUCCGAGGCCUUCAAGAGGGACACCAACCCCAAGAAGAUGAACCUGGGGGUCGGAGCCUAUAGGGAUGACCAGGGCAAGCCUUUUGUUCUCAGCUGUGUUCGCAAGGCAGAGGCUUUGAUCGCAGCAAAACAGCUGGACAAGGAAUAUCUUCCCAUUGGCGGUUUGGGAGAUUUUACGAAAGCUUGUGCCCAGCUUGCUCUUGGUGCUGAUAAUGAGGUUUUGAAGAGUGGCAGGAACAUCACUGUCCAGACCAUCUCAGGAACUGGAUCUCUGCGCAUCGGAGCUAACUUCCUGUCUCGGUUCCAUGGAGGUCCCAGAGAUGUUUACCUUCCCAAACCCUCCUGGGGCAACCACACACCCAUUUUCAGAGACGCUGGCAUGCAGCUCAAAGCAUACCGCUACUACGAUCCCUCAACAUGCGGCUUUGAUUUCAGUGGAGCUCUGGAGGAUAUUUCUAAAAUCCCAGAGCAAAGCGUGAUCCUGUUGCAUGCUUGUGCCCACAACCCUACUGGUGUUGACCCCAGGCCUGAACAGUGGAAGGAAAUCUCUGACAUUGUGAAAAAACGUAACUUGCUGGUGUUCUUCGACAUGGCAUACCAGGGCUUCGCCAGUGGGGACAUAGAUCGCGAUGCCUGGGCUGUGCGCUACUUCAUUGAGCAGGGCCACAACAUCCUUUUGUCCCAGUCCUUUGCUAAGAACAUGGGUCUCUAUGGUGAGCGUGUGGGAGGCUUCACUGUGGUGUGUAAAGACAAUGAGGAAGCUAAGAGGGUCGAGUCUCAAUUAAAGAUUCUCAUCAGACCCAUUUACUCCAACCCACCAAUGAAUGGUGCAAGAAUUGCUACAACUAUUCUCAACACGCCUGACCUGCGUUCACUUUGGCUGGAGGAGGUCCAUGGGAUGGCCAAUCGCAUCAUCAAGAUGAGAGAACAGCUUUCGGCCGGCUUGAAAAAGCAUGGCUCCUCCCACAACUGGCAGCAUGUCAUCGACCAGAUUGGCAUGUUCUGCUUCACGGGCCUGAAACCUGAACAGGUUGAGCGCCUGACAAAAGAGUUUUCAGUGUACAUGACCAAGGACGGCAGGAUCUCCAUGGCAGGCGUGUCCUCUGGGAACGUGGGAUACUUGGCAGAGGCCAUCCAUUCCGUCUCCAAGUAGAGUGGAUCCUGUUGGUAGAACAUCCAAGCAGUGAGGUUGAAGGAGAUUUGAAAUCACUUUCUCCUCCAAUUUACUUCUAGUAUACAGUUAGACAUUUUUGUUGGACUUUAUCUGUCUACUGUCCAACUAUUGUUGCUGGUAAAAUGGUUUACUUAUCUUGUUUCCUCAGAAAUAAAUCUCAUUAAAUGCAA